UCAAAACCCUCCAACGGCAGCAGCGGGGCCGCGGGCGGGGCCGUGCCAGGGCCAUGGCCGAGGGCAGGAGCGGCGGCGCCGGGCUCUUCGCCAGGCAGGUCCAGAAGCACUUCAGCCGUGCCCAGGAGAAGGUUUUGCAAAAAUUGGGCAAAACCGUGGAAACCAAAGACGAGCAGUUCGAGCAGAGCGCCUACAACUUCCAGCUGCAGCAGAACGAGGGUCACAAACUCUACAAGGAGCUCAAGGGGUUCGUGGGAGCCGUGAGAGUGAUGCACGAGAGCUCCCGCAGAGUGGCCGAGACGCUGCAGGAGAUUUACAGCCCCGAGUGGGACGGGCACGAGGAGCUCCGGGCCAUCGCCGAGAGCAAUGACCUCCUGUGGGAUGACUACGAGGCCAAGCUGGUCGACCAAGCCCUGCGGCUCAUGGAGAAUUACCUGGUUCAGUUCGGGGACUUCAAGGAGCGCAUCGCCAAGCGGGGCCGAAAGCUCGUGGACUACGACAGUGCCCGGCACCACCUGGAGGCUCUGCAGAGCGCCAAGAAAAAGGACGAGGCCAAAAUCGCCAAGGCCGAGGAGGAGUUCAACAAAGCCCAGGCGGUGUUUGAGGACCUGAACAGGGACCUGCGGGAGGAGCUGCCCGUCCUGUACGGCAGCCGCAUCGCCUGUUACGUCACCGUUUUCCAGAACAUCUCCAACCUCCGCGACGUCUUCUACAAGGAGAUGAGCAAGCUCAACCGGGACCUGUACGAGGUGAUGAGCAAACUGGAGAAGCAGCACUCGAGCAAGGUGUUCAUCAUCAAAGGUGUCCCCAGCAACCGCCGCUCUCUGGUCAUCUCCGCGCCCGUGAGCCCCCCGGCCAUGUUCCCCUGCCCGGACAAGGCGCCCGCGGUGGACGCGGAGGUGACACCGGGGUCCCCCGGCGGCGACAGCGCUGCCACCGACGCCGCCACCAGCGCGGAGCUGGGGGCUGUUUCCCCCGGGCCCCCCCCGGCCUCGCCCGCCAGCGGGGGCUCCCUGGACACGGCGUCGCUGUCCAGCGAGGAGAACGGGGAGCCCGGCCGCGACAGCGAGCCCCCCGAGGGGGCGACAUCGGUGACAGGGUCGGUGUCCAGCGAGGGGACCCCCGAGCCCAUCUCCAAGCCCGACUCUCUGUCCCCUGGUUCGGAGCCGUCGGCGACAGCCGCGGAGCCGGGGGGUGACAGCGGGGCGCGGGGAGGGGCCGAGGGCAUCGCCACCUCCCUGGCGUCACUGAUUUUAUCCGAGGCCAUUGCCCAGGCCGCUGGCACCUUGUCACCAGCGGCGGGGCGAGCCGCGGACGCGGCGGGGGACAGCGCGGCCACCAGCGCCGAGGCUCGGCCGCCGCCGUCCCCCCCCGCGGCUGUCCCCUGCCGUGUCCUCGGUCCCGCGGCGGCACCGGCGUGUCCCCGGGAGCCGUGCCAGCUCGGCGGUGAGCGGGGACAGCGCGGGGACAGCGGGGACAGCGCGGAGGCGGCGGAUGUCGAGCCACAGGGCUGUUCCGAGACACCAGAGCAGGACACGAGCCAGGACCCCUCAGGUGCUGCAGACCCCCCCCAGGAUCCCCCCGAGUCCCUCACCACCCUGUGAUCCCACAGGGAAAUGUGGCGUCUUCCCCAAAUUCAUUCCCCAGAAAGUAUUUCCCAGCCCCCAUCCCGUCCGAAAUAAAGAUGGAAAAGGUAGAAAAAUCCCAAAUCUCCAUCUGGGAUUGCGGAGGGUCCGGGGGGACCCCACCGGCGGAUUUGGGGUGGCUGAGGAGUGUAAGAAGGAUAGGUUGGGGGUUGUCAUUCUCUCCCCAGCUCCAACACCCGUGAUUCGGGAAAAAGGCGUCGAGCCUGUUCCACCAGCUCCGGAAAAUGCGCUGUCAUGCCAAAAAAAACCCAAACGCCCCAAUUUUCCCCUCCCGUGAUCCAGAAUUCCCCCAUUCCCGCACGAAGCCCCAUUCCCAAUCUCCGGGAUGAUGGGUUUGGCCCGCAGCCAGCGAGGGGUUAACGGGGGAGGGAUCCGGGGGGGUUGAUCCUCAUUCCGGCCGAACUGGAAAGGUGAGGUAGGAAAAAGGCAACGCCUUCACCUGGGCAACGCCUUCACCUGGAGCCGCACAUGGUGCCGGCAGGUAAGAGCUGCAGAGAGGGGCCUGCAUCCCGGGGUGCCCCCUCCCCCCGAAAUUCCCGGUCCCUGGGGGGCUUUAGGGGUGGCUGCGCAAAAUCCCAGGCCCAGGGGUCUGGACACGGCGGCUCCGCAGCCCUGCAGUGAGGGACGGGGGGUGCAGCCGGUCUGGGGUGCAGCCGGAAUGUCGGGGCAUUUUCCAGCUGGAUUUGGGGUGGGAGCGGAGGGAAAGGCCGGAUCCUGCCACAGGGAGAGGCUGAAAUCAGGAAAUCCGGCAGGAAAGCUGAGGGGGAAACAGGGGGAGCAAAGUGCUGCUCCAAGGGGAUCAUCCCAAGGUGACGGAGAAGAAACGAGGGCGAGCAGCAAAUGCCGCCCUCCAGCCGCUGGGGAGGGAAGUGGGGGCUGUAAAGGGGCUGCCGAGCACCCCCAAAAGAAGCCUGGGGGGAUGGUUUGGUGAUCCCAUCCUCCAUUCACCGGGAAUGGGAAGGGAGGGGCUGUGAAGGUGCUGCCAAGCACCCCUAAAACAUCUGUAGGGACGGUUUGCUCCUCCCGUCCUCCGGGCACCGGGAAUGGGCACGGGAAUGGGGGUGGGGGGCUGUAAAGGGGCUGCUGAGCACCCCCAAAAGAAGCCUGGGGGGAUGGUUUGAUGAUCCCAUCCUCCAUUCACCGGGAAAAGGAAUGGAGGGGCUGUAAAGGCACCGCCAAGCACCCCUAAAAAUCGCUGUGGGGUUCCUUUCUCCUCCCGUCCUCCGGGAACGGGAAUGGGGAUUGGGGAUGGGGAGGGGGGGCUGCAUCCGCGGUGCUCCUGGAAGGGGGUUUUGGGAUCAGAGCAGCCGAGCGGGGCAGGGCUUCCCUCGGGAGCGGCUCUGGAGCCGCUCGGCCGGAGCGCAGGAAUGAGGAAGAUGAGGGUUUUCCCCCGCCCUGCUUUGAAAACACGUGGAGAUGCAUGGGGAUGCAGCGGGCUGGGAAUGAUUCACCGGGUGCCGCUGCCAGCCCCCUCUUCCGCUGGAUCCCGGCCUGGCACCGCCACAAACCCCGGGGGUUUCCGCGGCGGGAGGCACCGGAGCCUUCCCGCAGGGCUCGGGUGAUUCCUUCCCACGAUGCCAAGGCGGGAGCAGCGAGGGGAUGCAGGGGAGCAUCCCUGCCCCGGAGAGAGCAGGGGGAGCUGCACUCCCCCCGCCAGGCGUGGUUUGAUGGAAACCAAACCCUUCCCUCAGAUAAACUCGGGUUAGAGCUUUGGGGAGCCCCGGCAUUGCAAUUCUCGGGCGCUGUGGGUCCCAGGAUUGCAUUUUUGGGAGUUUGGUUUGAGCUCCUCACUGGCAGUGCCAGACUCUUCCCAAGGAACCCUUCCCAAGGCUCGGACCAGCCCAUUCCACCCAGCGGCGCCUUUUCCUCUUCUUCCCCUAAACCCCGGGUACUUUUGGGGAAUUUAAUCCCAGUUUUGGCUCAGAAGCCACCCGGGAGCAGCAGCUGCUCCGUGGGAAGGCCGUGGUUGGCUUUGGGAAAGGCCCAGAGGGCGCUGCCAGGGGAGGUCACAGCAAAGCCGGGUUUAAUGAAGGGCUGGGCGAAAGCAAAACCGGAUUUAAGGCAAAACUGGACUGAAAACAAAACUGUUGAAAGCAAAGCUUGGUUUAAUUCAAAGCUGGGUUUAAAGCAAAACCGAGUUUAAAACAAAGCUGGGAUUAAAGCAACUCUGGAUGUAAUGCAAAUCUGUGUUUAAAGCAAAGUCGUGUCUGAAGCAAACUCGGUUUAAAGGAAAGGUGGUUUUAAGGCAAAAUCAGGUUUAAUUCAAAGCUGGGUUUAAUGAAAAGCUGGACUUAGAGUGAAGUUGGGUUUAAAGCAAAAUGAGCUUAAAGCAAAACUAAGUUUAAAGAAAAACUGGGUUCAACCUAGAACUGAACAAAAGUAAAAUUAGGCUUAAAGCAAAAUUGUGCUGGCAAUAAAAUCGGGUUUAAAGCAAAGCUGGGUUUAAGGCAAAAUCGGGUUUAAACAAAGUUGGGAUUAAAGCAGAGCUUGGUUUCAAGCAAAGCUGGGUUUAAAACAAAACAAAGUUUAAAGUAAAACAAGCUUGAAACAAAACAAGGUUUCACGCAGGACUAGUUUUAAAGCAGAACUGGUCUUACAGCACAACCAGGUUUGAAGUACAACCGGGUUCAAAGCAGAGCUGAUCUUAAGUAAAACUGAGUUUAACGAGCGGGUGGCUGCUGCCAGC